AUGACUACUAAGAAUACAGGCAACCCCUGUGGCUUCGCUGAAGGAGACUUCAUCAUGGAGAAUUACGAAAACUACCCAUCCAGCUUCUGCGACCUACAAAAUGAGAAUCUAUUCCCAAGCUCGAAAUUCCCAAUAUUUCGCGAAAGAAAUACACCUGCCGCGCGCAACGCCUAUACACUAAUCCAACCAGCGCUUCUCCUCAUAUCACGAAUCAUAAUUCAGCGCUGGGAAUCUUCUAGCAUUUUCGUUCAGCGCCGACACCCAGACCUCCCAGGUGUAAGACUCGAUGCUGCUGAGGAGCUAGAAGUAUCCAAGGAUGAGAUUCUCAGAUGCAUCAAAAACGCCAUUCCUGACAUCGACUUUGGCCCUGCCAUACACCCAAUCUCAUCCCCAUUUGCAGAAACAACACUGCGCCCUAACACGAUGUCAGAUCUGAUAACCUUUGACUACAACAUCAUUCGACUCUUGAAGGAUUCGACUUCAACCCACAGUCAGAAACUAGCGGGUCUGGUCUUUCUGGCAGUCUUACUGGGGCAUGGACUAGCCCAUGUAUUGGAGUUCCGUAGCAGCCGAGCUGGUCAAUUACGUUCUAAUAACGAGCCAUUUGAAACCCCCCCUGGUAUAACCUGCCGCAAGGCCGGCACUGCUUGGGAAACUCGUGCAUUCGGCGGUCGAGUUUAUCCAGUCUGUCAAGUCGAGAAUCUUCUACUGACUAUUCGAGGUCUGUGCAUCGAAAACAGUGCAUGGAAUUUUGAUAUGAUGAAAGUGAAUGAGAACUGGACUCGUCAGCUUUUCACGGAGUCGUAUUGGACGAUGGCGCCGCACCCCCUACGGCCUCCAAUUGAUAAAUAUGCACGAUAUGCUAUUCUUGAGGAUGAGUUAAUUGAUGAGCGAUGUGACCUACUAAUAAAGAGCAGGUAUGAGAAUGACGUACGUGUCGAACUGGGGAGUCCUAGGAAGAAGCAUAGGCCGAUUACACCUGUCAAUAUCUGUGGAGGUAAGAAAGUGCAAAUGGGCUCCCAGGAAAGGGCACCAGGUACACGCAUCAACUCUUAA